GGCAUCUGAUCUGCAUUGUACUUGUUAUUUGGUUCAGCAAAUUGUUUAUGUGAAUGGCCCUUCAGAUUGCAGAGAGUAGUUCGAAUGUCGGAUUUAAACAAAUCUGAUGUUUUUGGUGGAGCCCCUGAUAGGAACAGAUGCAUAGAUGAUGUUGAAAACAAUGAUGACAACAUGAAAGCAGUGAAAAGCAGACCAGCUGCAGAUGAGGUUGAGGAGUGGGGAGAUUCCACUGAAAUCUCCUGGUUUUCUUCUUGUCAAAUUUUGGAUAAAGAUGGCGACGAAACAGCUAGAAAGGAAGGGCCUCUCCUGCCCAGGCAUAAGCAUGAACACCAACUGCAACUUGUUGUAGAUUGCAUGAGUCUAGAUGAUCUGGAUUUUGAUGAGGAGGCUUCAUCAGUUCAGCCAUUUUCAGGGAAUCAAGAGCUCUCUGAAUCCAAGAGAAAGAGGGCUGAAAACGCGUUGCCUUCAUCCCUGAAGCUUCUCUAUAACUUCCAGAACCGGUUCAGGAGAUUAACCGGGGAGAAGGUGAAUGCUGCAGCACCAAGCUGCAGCAGCAGUCAUGAUGAAUCCAGAGAGAUGAAUUGCUGCAGCAGUACUAGGUUGUGGAUAAACGAGAUUUUGCAGUUGGCUGCACACAAGUUCAUUGAGAACUCUUCCCAUGGAGACAGUGAACUAAACAAUCUAUUUCCCAAUUCAUGUUGGGGCCUUCAUGGCGAAGAUUAUAAAGAUGUUGAACUGCUUCUACAUCUCCUCGCUUCGGCUGAGAGAGUUGGCCAGAAAAAGUUUGACAGCGCGAAAGGUUUCCUCA